AUGAUUCUCGGCGAUGGCUCCGCCCAGAGGGAAAGCCAUUACGAGAUCCUCUCCGUAAAAGAAGGUGCGAGCUACGAAGAAAUCCGAAGCGGCUACCGAUCCGCAAUCCUCAACUCCCACCCGGACAAAGCGCACAACACCUCGGAUUCCUCCGCGGCCGCCGACGACAAGUUCCUCAGAGUCCAGAAAGCGUGGGAAGUCCUGAGCGACUCCCGGUCGCGAGUGGCGUACGACAACGAGCUCCGGGCGUCGAGACGGCAGCAGGACGCCAGCGUUUCGGGGGACAUCGAUUUGAUGGAUGUAGGGGUCGUGUUGGUUGAGGAAAGAGGAGGAGACGACGUGGUGGUGGAGCUUUGCUAUGAUUGCCGGUGUGGGGAUUGCUUCUCGGUCGAUUCUUCGGACUUGGAGAGGAUGGGAUACAAAUUGUCGAGGGAUCGGGACUAUGUGUGGUUUGAGGACGACGAAGGUGCAUCGAGGUCCGCGGCGUCAGUUGUUGUACCUUGCGGGUCUUGUUCGCUCAGAGUCCGGUUGUCGAUUGAGACGGGACUCAGAGUUCCAUUUGCAGGGAUGCCAAAUGUCUAG